UGGCCAUUACCUUCUUCGGGAGUCCCCAAUCAUUUUUGAUCGCAGGGGUUAAGGCGAAGAGGAAGAAGCAGCGAUGUUGAAGUUCCUGUCUAAAGUGAAGGUCGAAUUCAAUGCCUUAGAUCCACGCUUAGCAUCUUGCAUGGAGUUCUUAGCGCAGUGUAAUGCUCGCAAGGCCAAGGAGUCGAACCCCGCUUGCCAAUUGAUCGUCAAGCGCCGAACCGAUGACCACCCGCCCCAGAUCGCCGUCACUUUUGUCAACGGAGUCGAAGAGGUUUUUGACGCUACAUCUACUCCUGCUCAAACAAUCAGGAAUACGAUUCUUGAAAAGGGCCAACUCCUUGAGACCGAGCAAAUGUUCCGAGAAGCUGGGGAAACUUGGCCAGUUAUCAUUCCCGAUGAAGAGCUCAAUCAACCCGCCCCCAGUAUCAAGUUUGAGUUCCAUAUUUGAUCGGUGACUCGGAUCGAAGAUUCGAGAGCAAAUUAGGGUUCUACGAUCCAGGCGGGAAAGGCGAACUCAUUGGCGCUAGAAGGAGACAAGUCCAAGCAUUUCUCUGUCGCGACUGAUAUCAUAAUUUGCAUCUAAUGGCACUUCCUCCUGGCCCUUACUCCGGCACCAGCACCCUCGCUCUGGUAGCCCGUGCAUCAGCAUUCACCUUUGGUUUGGUUUACGGAAACAUUAAGCUCAAGGUUCUGAAGGCAAAGGCCAAGUCACGCGCGAAAGCUGAAGCCAAGGCCCAUCAUUGAUGAACACUUUUCCUGAUGUAGCUUAUAGCGAUGGAAGAGAUGGAAAUUACCGCAUAGGGAGAGACUCCGAUCAUUGGUUGGAGAAUGUGAUUUUUGGCUUGAUAAUUAAUUAGAUUCAGUUUUUUUUUUCUUUUUUCUUUUCCUUCACUGCUGAAACAAAAGAAAAGUUCUCUGUUUAAACGGGGUUGGUAUUGCUGCAAAUACUCUAUGGUGUAUGCUUAGUUUUUCAGUUCCGAUUGGCAAUUCUGCCUGUGAGAAGAAUGUUCUUGAAAUAAAGGUGACACCAUACUGAUAAAUAAGACUCGUUUGAAAUUUCUUUU